AUGAACAACAGACUGUCUGUUGCGCCUGUGCAUGCUAGGCAUUUUUCAGUGUCCAAGUCGUGGAGGAGUCAGGAAGACAACAAGAAUGGAACAAAACCCCCUUCUCGCCUCGCCAAGACCACAGCAGCUCUCAAAGCCGCCCUCCCGCAGACCGGCGCCAUCACCAAGCGCGAAAACAUCCACACCAUCCCCAACUGGCUGACCUUCUCGCGCCUCGUCGCCGCCCCCUUCAUCGGCUACUGCAUCCUGCACGACCAUCACGCCUGGACCCUCGGUCUCUUCGCCUACGCGGGCGUGACCGACCUUUUGGACGGCUGGAUCGCGCGGCGAUGGAACCAGGGCACCGUGGUAGGAACCAUCAUCGACCCCAUGGCCGACAAGACGCUCAUGACGGUGCUUACCGUGACGCUGGCGACCAAGGGGUUGCUGCCCGUCUGGCUGGCCGUCAUUAUCCUGGGGAGGGACGUGGCGCUGGCUAUUUCUGCUUUGUACUUCCGCUGGAUCUCGCUGCCGCCGCCUAAGACGAUGGCGCGGUAUUGGGACUUUUCGCUGCCCAGUGCGGAGGUCAGGCCGACGGCGAUUAGCAAGUAUAAUACCGCGUUGCAGUUGGGGUUGAUGGGGUUGACGACUGUGGCGCCGGUUGUGCCGGCGUUGGAUUUGGCGUGGAGUUUGAUGGUGAUGCAGUAUGGCGUUGCCGUCACGACGAUCUGGAGCGGUGCUAGCUAUGUGUAUAGCAAGGAUGCUGUUAAGAUUCUCACGCAACCUACUACGCCCAAGGCUGCCGAGAAGGAGGAGGGUAACACUGAGGUAGUCGACGAGGCGGAGGCGAAGAAGGUGAAGGAUGAGACGGCCACCAAGCAGUAG